AUGAUCGUUUUGGAACUAGCAAUGGUCUCAGAAGUACCAAUGGUAUUUCAAUGGCUUCGGGAGCAGCAACGGUUUCGGAAGCAGUGUUAUUUUCAGAAGCGAUGUAGCAACGGACAGGUGUUACAUGUGGACGGUAGAUGCGUAGCUCCAAGAGUCAACCGUCGUGUGUUCUUGUAUGAUGUACCAAGAACUCCCACGCCAACAGGUCCUCCACCUUUCAUCCCUGCACCAACAGUGGAGACUAACCUGUUGUUCAUCCGAACUCCUGAAGGAGGACAAGGGCCAGAUCCAAUCGUUGUACCUCCUCCCCAGCAGGAACACGUCGUGUACAUCCUCAAUAAACAGUCGGAAGAGGGUCAAAAGGUGAUCGAAGUUCCAGCACCACCACCUUCAGAUCCCGAAGUGUACUUCGUCAACUAUGCUGAAGGAGAGAAUCCAACUCUUCCAAUUGGAGUUGAUCUGCAGACUGCCUUGGAUGCCGCUUCGGCUGGCAGUGGUCAAGUAGUUGGGAGUUCUGUAGGCUUCAGUGGCGGGCGACUGGAGUAA